AUGAAACAAAGUGACGAAGAGAAAGAAGAGAAGUCGGCACUCUCUUUGAUUGUGGAUGAAUCGGAAGAAAACGCACCCUUGCUGAGCUCACCAACUUCACAAACUGACAAAAUGUUCGGAGACAAACUGGAGUCGCAGGCACUUCAAAAAGGGUGCGAGGAGGAUAUCGAAAAGCAUUGUAGACGGUGUAUUGGAAAGCCUACUAUGCGAACACUGAAUAAACUUCGGAAAUAUGGAAUCUAUGUGUUAUUUUUUAUGCUGUUAUUCGCUAUGGUCUUCCAGUUUUCUGCGGAUUUAAGACAACCAGCGUACCCUGUAUUCAAAAUGGCUGAAACAAAUGGAACGAAUCGAAUGAUAAUCGUAGUGACACCAACAUAUAAAAGAAUGACUAGAAUACCUGAUAUGUUACGAAUGGCAAACACGUUGUCUCAUGUCAAAGACCUUCAUUGGAUAGUAGUAGAAGAUGGGAACAGAACGAUACCGGCCGUGGAGGAGAUUCUGAAACGAACCAAUCUGCCGUACACGUAUAUGGCCCACAAGACAGCCGUUGGGUAUCCAAGAAGAGGAUGGUAUCAGAGGACGAUGGCUCUGAAAUUCAUUCGAUCCAAUACUUCACAAAUUCUGGGAAAAGAACACGAAGAAGGUGUCGUCUAUUUCGGUGACGACGAUAAUUCAUAUGAUAUUCGAUUGUUCACAGAAUAUAUUAGGAAUGUGAAGACGUUGGGGAUAUGGGCUGUGGGCCUCGUCGGUGGUACAGUAGUCGAAGCGCCAAAAGUGAUCGACGGAAAAGUGAAUGCUUUCAACGUGAAAUGGAAUCCAAAACGACGAUUCGCAGUUGAUAUGGCAGGAUUUGCAGUGAAUCUGAAAGUGGUUCUAAACUCAGAUGCAGUGUUCGGAACAUCCUGUAAACGAGGUGGAGGUGCUCCUGAAACAUGUCUUUUGGAGGAUAUGGGAUUAGAAAGAGAAGACAUCGAACCGUUUGGACAUGAAAAAGAAAAAGACCGAGAAAUCUUCGUUUGGCAUACCAAAACGAGUACUCCAAACAUCGCACAGGCCAAAAAAAACGCAAACUCCACAAAACCUGCUCCACCACCUGAGACUUAUGGCUAUUUUGUUGAAGUAUAA